AUGAGUCAUAACAAAGCUCUAAAGACAUUCUUGCUCUUGCUAAAAAGGAAAUCCAAAAUAGAAACAGUAAAAGAGCAGAACACUCAUCUCUCUCUACAUGUUGCAGAGAGAGACUCAGAGAGAAAGAGAAACAGUAUUUAUCAAUUCCUCAAUAGGUACUGGAGGAGGACCCUGGGUCUACAGGUGCGCUAUGCAGACUGUGGGGGGUACCGCUUCUGUUACUCUUACAGAGGGAAGCCAGGGUUCAGACCAUCCAUCCUCAUGCUACAUGGUUUCUCUGCUCACAAAGACACAUGGCUCACUAUGGUCAAGUAUCUACCCAAACACCUGCACAUACUGUGCGUGGAUAUGCCUGGCCAUGAGGGAACCACUCGUACCAACUCAGAGGACUACUCCAUCCAAGGCCAGGUCAAGAGGAUUCAUCAGUUUGUGGAAAACGUUCGACUGAACAGGAAGCCCUUCCAUCUGGUCGGGACCUCCAUGGGGGGCAAUGUGGCAGGGGUGUACGCAGCCAGCUUCCCCUCCGAAAUCUGUAGCAUCACCCUUAUCUGUCCAGCAGGUAUACGAUACCCCUGUGAGACAAAAUUUGACAAUCAUCUGCAGGACCUUGAGCACAGCCAUUACACUCUGAGCAUCCCACUGAUUCCGUCCACGCCAGAGGAGAUGGAGGAUAUGCUCAGGCUUUGCUCCCAUGUCCGCUUUAAGAUCCCUCGACAGAUUCUUCAAGGACUGGUGGAUGUUCGCCUUCCACACAAUGAUUUUUAUCAAGAAGUUUUCAUGGAGUUAUUGGGUGAGAACUCCAGAUACGCCCUACAGGAAAAUUUGCAGCUGAUCACUGCCCCUUUGCAAGUCAUUUGGGGUAAACAGGACCAGGUGGUGGAUGUCUCUGGAGCUGUGGUAGUGGCGGAGGCCUUGCCCGGUUGCAGGGUGGAUCUGUUAGAGAACUGUGGCCACUCUGUGGUGAUGGAGAGGCCUCGCCGGACGGCCAAACUCAUCAUGGAGUUUAUUAUCUCCCUGGGUACCACCAGCGGAACCAUUAAGAAGUUCUCCUGAGAAUUAUAUUCUUUAUGGAAGUUUUAUUAUUUAGUCAAGCAUUUUACUUUGAAAUGUAAAAAAAAAAAAGUUUUACGAUCAACUAAUUACUGGAAACUCUUAUAUUUUCAGAUUCAGGUAUUUUUUUCACCCAUGGAAUAUCUUGGUCAUAUAUGUUGUUUUCCUCUUCCUGCAAUAUUGGAUGAUAUUUGACUAAAUUAGUAAACCAUGCCUGUGUCUAAUUUCAUUGAUUUUCAUCAAACUAUGCUGAUGGAAUGUUUGUAGCUAGCCUAUGUGCAUAAAAUAAAGAAUACUUCCAUCUCUUUUCUAUCAUCACUCAAAAUAUGUGUUUUAAUCUAGUCACUGUAGAUGCAUUUAUGUAUGUGUUUGUUGUUAAUUUGA